AUGUAUGGUUCGUACGGGGAUGUCCAAGGUAUGUGAUCAAUUUAGCAUAAAAAUUAUGACGUAAAAGCUAGAGCUGCGCCUGAGAUAGCCUGAUGUUAUAUUACACUGGGGAUCAAUAAGAUAACCGGCCCAUGAAACCCGUUUUAUUUUCAGAAAACCAAGAGGCCGUUUAUUCGUUGUUUAUGAAAGCCCAUAAAUGUUAUGAUUUGAUCCCCACCUCCUCGAAAUUAGUCGUCUUCGACACCGAACUUCCCGUUUCCAAAGCCUUCUUUGCUCUUGUAUAUAAUGGAGUUCGAGCAGCACCGCUUUGGGACUCGACAAAUCAACAGUUUGUGGGAAUGUUGACCAUCACGGACUUUAUCCAGAUUUUGUACAAGUAAGUUUCGGUUUAAUUUUUUCUGAGAAGUUUUAGUGAGAUUUUUGGAUAUUAAGGAUAUUGUUUCAGAUAUUACAAGAAAGACGCAGUGAGCGAUGGAAUCAAAGAAUUGGAACAGCAUAAGAUAAGUACCUGGAGGAAAGUGUUCGAAGAAGAUGGACAUCUCAAGAAAAUGACGUACAUUGAUCCAUCAGAAAGGUAAAAUUGAGCUUUGUUUUAUGUUUUAGGAAAUAAAAUUGUUUGCCGUAUCUUAUGAAAUGGUUUUCAGUCUUUACAAGGCCGUAGAAAUGCUCUGCGAACACAAAAUCCAUCGACUUCCGGUGCUGGAGCCAUCUUCGGGCGAUAUUUUAUACAUCCUCACACAUAAACGCCUCAUCAAAUUCUUGUUUUUAUAUGUAAGUCGAGUUUGUUUUUAUUUUUGUUGUCUAUUUUAGGUGUAAAGAAAAGUUAUGUCGGUUUUUUUCAGUUAAACGACCUUCCCCGGCCGCCUUUUAUGGACAAAACGCCGAAGGAGCUGGGCAUUGGCUCAUGGGGCGAAAUCUGCACGAUCUCCAAGGAUACUUCGCUGAUCGAAGCCCUAAAAAUUUUCCUUGAAAAACGGGUAUCCGCAUUGCCGAUAGUCGACGAAGAUGGAAGAGUAAGUAACUUAUAUUUCUAGAAGGGAAAAGGUUAGAGUAAAAACCGAAUGUACGAUUUGGCUUUGAAUAAACUGACUAUUAAAAAUUUUCUUUCAGGUGGUUGAUAUCUACGCCAAAUUCGAUGCCAUCAAUCUCGCAGCGGACAAAACUUACAAUGACCUCGAUGUAACAGUCAGCGACGCGCUCAAACACCGAUCCGACGUAUGUUUUUCUUUUUUGUGUUGUUUCUGAUAUGUAGGAGAUGCUAGUGGGUUCGAUUUGGCAUGAAAUUCCAAGCACAAGCCUCGUAUUUGAACAAAUUGCAAGUGUUUUUUUAUGUUGUGAUAUAAAACCAAGUACAACUUAAAACUUUCAGUGGUUCGAAGGCGUACGGACCUGCUCGGUUUCGGACUCCAUUGCUCAAGUCAUCGACACACUGGUCAAGGUUGAAGUGCAUCGUCUGAUCAUUGCGGACGACGACCAGAAGGUGGUCGGCAUCAUCUCUUUAUCAGAUAUCCUCAAACAUUUAAUCAUCGAACUCCCCAAAAUGGCCGAGUCCCCCAUCGAUGAGCUCAUCACCGAACCCAUCAAGGCUGAUCCCAUCCAAGAAGCCGAAAUCGAAUCUACACCUGAAGUUGCUUAA